AUGACAAGGGAAUGGGAGCCGCCUCAGCUGCUUGGAAGAUCGCUUGUUGCUUGUGACUUUAGCGAUGAUGUUACGCAGAGCGCUUCAAUUUCUGUAUCGUUAGACCUAAGAGGAAGGUUACCGCCCAAUGGGUACUUGGCGGUGAAGCCCUUGGGCUCGGAGCAUUUUGAUGAGUUCCUGGUUUAUCGAAUCGACAACAAUGUCAUCAGCGGUGAUAACCGUGUCAAGAUCAAUGACUACUCGAGGUUCAAGGAGGAUGUUACUUUUGACACGGCGGUUAUCACCACUGUGGAGCCGGUGAAUUUGACAAAAGUGAUUAUGACCGUCCCAGAGGAGGUUUAUACGCUUCUGAAAGGACAUUCAGGUGCUGAACUAUUCCGCGUAUUGACUGAUACUAUGCAUUUGAACGUUAUCCAUGAGGGUGAUAAGGUCUUGAGCCAUGGGAAGGUUUUACUAUGUGAACCUGUGCCUCAGGGGUUGUUGACAAAAGAAACAACUGUGACUCUCAUCAAAUCAAGCGACGUGGUUCAUAGCGAUGCUGAAGAACUGCAUACCCCUGAACCUAUGGAUUCAUUGGUGGAAGAUCUUGAUAUAUCGUUAUACUUGGGGAAUGCCUCUACAAGUACAAGAGAUGUUGAAUUUGACCCUAAUUACUCGAUACCCUUGCCUUUGCCUAAUGAUGACGAUACAACAACUGUUUAUUUGAAAACUUCUGAUUUAGCUGAAUUGGGCUGCUUCUCUGGUGACUUUAUUGAAUUGGUUACGGAUGUGGAGAACCAAGUAACAAAACUGGUUAAAGUUUGCUCCUUUGUUGAACCAAAUCACUACAAGCCUGGUGUAUUGUACGUUUCUCCAUUCUUUUGGUUAAACUCAAAAUGUUUGAAAAAAGCUGUUGCACGUCAUUCUAAGGAUACAUUCUCCAACAUCCCGAUAGCAUCCUCAAUUACAUUGGCAAGAGUUGCAUCUCCAAUCACUCUUAACAAAGCUUACCAACAACCCUUUUUCUCUGCUUUGAAGUUUUACUUUGAAUCCAAAUCAAGAAUUGUGUCUGUGGGCGACUUGAUUCCAGUAGUUAUUGACACACUCUUGGCUAAAUCUUUACCUUUGGAAUACGAGGGUCCUAUACCAAUAGGAAAUCCGAAUUGCGUGGUUUGGUUUAGAGUCACUAACGUGAACAAUUCCGAAGUGGAAGAUGGUUCACAAUUCAUAGUCGAUCCUUCACACUCAAAGAUGGCCCAAUCAGGGAUUGUUGAUAUUAGACCACCGUCCCUAACCGUGAACUGGAUUCAAUACUUGGGUUUACCUGCUAUAUUUGACUUUGAAUCGAAUGACAAGUUGUUCCCACAUGCCAAACAGUUAAUCAAGUUGAUCAAAUCUUCUUUAAAAAUACCAAAGUUAAGAACCACUAUACUGUUAACUUCACUAUCCAGAAAUAUUGGUAAGACGUUCUUGGUGGAGAAUAUUGCUCAAGCACUAGGUCUACACUAUACCAUUGUGGACGGCUACGACGUUUUGAAUCCAACUUCUGAUAUGAAAACAAUUGGUACAAUUAGAGGCAAAUUGGAUCGCCUCGUCGAAGAUUGUUCUCAUUUGGUCAUUCUCAUAAAGCAUUUGGAGGCACUGGCUAUAAAGCAAGAAAACAAUACAAAGCCAGGGCUUAUAAGUGCUAAGUUGGUUGAGUUGAUCGAUGAAUAUACAUCAAAAGGUGCAAUCUUCAUUGCAUCUUCAAAUGAUGCGGAUAAACUACCAGAAGAGGUACGUUCUAAAUUUCGUUUCGAGAUUGAAGUUCCAGUGCCUGCAGAGAACGAACGUUUGAAGAUCUUCAGCCAUUUGCUAUCUAAGAAGGAUGCGUUCAUAUGCCGUUCCGAUGUCUCACUUACAUCAUUGGCUCUGCAAAGUGCAGGUUUAACUCCACGUGAUUUGAUUUCAAUUGUUUCAAACGCCAAGUCAAUGGCUUUGGAGAGAUUAGAGGAAUUGAGUGAAGAGUUAAACAAACCGCUCAGUUCGAUUACGCUCAAUAACCCGGUACAGAUAACCCCUGGAGAUUUCGAAAAAUCUAUUAACGAUGCGAGAAAUAAGUUUAGUGAUUCCAUUGGUGCACCUAGAAUUCCAAAUGUCACUUGGGACGAUAUUGGAGGUUUAGAUGUUGUUAAGGAUGAAAUAUUGGAUACCAUCGAUAUGCCACUUAAACAUCCGGAACUAUUUUCCAAUGGUGUCAAGAAGAGAAGUGGUAUAUUGUUUUAUGGACCUCCAGGUACAGGGAAAACGUUAUUGGCAAAGGCCAUCGCAACAAACUUUUCUUUGAAUUUCUUCAGUGUCAAAGGCCCAGAAUUGUUAAACAUGUACAUUGGUGAAUCUGAAGCUAAUGUGCGUAAGGUUUUCCAACGUGCCCGUGAUGCUAAACCUUGUGUCGUUUUCUUUGAUGAAUUGGAUUCUGUCGCUCCAAAAAGAGGUAACCAAGGUGAUUCUGGUGGUGUUAUGGAUAGAAUUGUUUCCCAAUUACUCGCAGAAUUAGACGGUAUGAGUGGCGGUGAUUCAGGUGAUGGUGUCUUUGUCGUCGGUGCGACUAAUAGACCAGAUUUGCUGGAUGAAGCAUUGUUGAGACCUGGAAGAUUUGACAAAAUGCUGUACUUGGGAAUUUCAGAUACACAUGAUAAGCAACAAAAGAUCUUGGAGGCAUUGACCCGUAAGUUCAAGUUAGAUCCAUCCGUGGAUCUAGAGAAAGUUGCCAAUUCAUGUCCUUUCAACUUCACUGGUGCAGAUUUCUAUGCAUUGUGUUCCGAUUCCAUGUUAAACGCAAUGACAAGAGUGGCAAGUGAAGUUGAUAAAAAGAUUGCUGAAUACAAUAAAGGCAAAGAGGACCCUGUGUCGUUGAGAUGGUGGUUUGAUAAUGUUGCCACAUCAGAAGACAUUGCUGUUUUGGUUAAAGAUGAGGACUUUGAUAAAGCCAGAAGGGAACUAUCACCAUCCGUGUCUACUGAAGAGCUCGAGCACUAUUUGAGAGUUAGACAGAACUUUGAAGGUGGUAAGACUAAGUAA